GAUAUUUUUCAAUUCCACUGUUUUGGAAAUAAUGGUAUAUUAUAUACUAGUAAAGAUCUGGCAAAUGUUCAAUUCAAAACUUAGAAUUAAAAAAUGAUGCAUUAGCAGUUUUGUCUAGUGUAUUGCCAUUGUGACCUCCUAUUUUACUUUUUGAUUCAAAACAUACGCUCGUAUGUUGGGUUUUCCAUUAUAAAACAUGGACUUUGCCAUUAUAUUCAUGCGGGAGGCGGGUCUAUCAUUUAGUGAGCUCAUUGCUCACAUCAUCUCUAGUAAUAACCUCUGCUUAAAAACGAGAGGGUAUAUAGUAAUCGGGAUGUCCGUCCGUCUGUACGCCCGUCUGUCUGUUACAGGUUGGAGUACAUAUCUCUAACGCAACUCCUCACAUACACUGAAUGCAUUUUGAUGAAACUUUCACAGAAUAUUUAUUACAUAUUGCUAUUGUGCACCUCCUAUUUUACUUUUUAUUCAACACAUAUUUGGGUUUCCCAUAGCAAAACAUGAAUACUGCCAUUAUAUUUAAAUGAAAGGUGGGCAUCAUUUAGUGAGAUUUAGCAGGAAAAGAUUACCCCCGGGGGCCAUCAAUGUCCGUGGGUCCAUUUGAAUAGUAUAUGACUUAGCCCAGACGACUUUCAAUUAAGAAAACCUUUUACAUGUAAGAUUUCUUCCAUAAUAACAGUUUAUAUUUCAUUUGAAUGUUCUUUCAGAGAUGCAUUAAACAACUACUAUGGCAGCCUCCCCUUACUCGUCCACAGAGGAGCCAACAAAUGCCUGUCGAGCAUGUCGACUUCUCCUGGGUCCGUGUACAGAUCAGUUUAGGGACGUUCUACGUCAUUUUAUACCACCACCAUCAUUUCAACACGUAAUUCUACGUAAAACAAAUACCCUUCCACGUCUGACCGCACCCCAGAUGAAUCUUAUUUUACCUACAGGAAGUAGUUAUACUGGAAACUAUAGUGAUAUGAACAUUUCUUUAUUGUACAUACUACUUAGAAACAUUUGUAGCAUACCACCACACAGCACAGGCUGGGGAAAUGCACCAGACCCUGCUGAUAGAUCUCUCGCUGCCAGCAUUGAACGCAUCCAUACAGCAAGAAAUCAGUGUGUAGUUUCAUCAAGUUCAGUCCUCUCCGAUGCUGAUUUCAACACAAUCUGGUCCACUGUCAGAUCAGCUGUUGUCGAUCUUGAUUCUUUCCUCAGCAACGGAAAUCAUUUCAAAAGUCAGAUAGAUGUUAUGAGACAAGAGACAAUGGACCCUGUCAGUGACAAGCAUUUCAUAGAAGAACUGAAGAAGCAGAUAGAGGAAGAUGCACCGACAAAAGAAAUAGUGCAUGACUUACAAAAUAAGAUAGAGAAAAGUGAUGCUGAUCGAGUUGAAAAACAAAAUGAAAUGCAAAGAAUUCUUGAUGAAAUCAAGACACCAAAGAGCGUCAUCCCUCCAAAUGUAAAGGAUAACCAUGAAAAACAAAUUAAACAAUGGGUAGAAGAAGACAAGGUAUUCAGCAAAACGCAUAACUUCGAAGAAAUGCUUGAUAAACUCAGAGAGAGACCCUAUUUGACUUUUGUUGGAAUCCCAGGGUCCGGAAAAUCGGCGACGAUUCAACAUAUAUCCUUGAUACUCCAGAAGGAAGGAUAUGAGAUUGUACCAAUUAUUGAUAUAAGAAAAAUUGAAGAUUAUUGUGAUUUGCUGAAACCACAGGUUUUUGUCAUUGACGAUGUAGUAGGCGUAUUAGGUCUUCAAAAACAAAAAUUAAAUCUAUUAAUGGAGUAUGAAACACAAAUCUCAAAUCCGUCUCACAAAGACACAAAAGUACUGAUGUCAUGUAGGGAAACAGUAUUUAAUGAAUGUCACAGUUACAAAUCGUUUUUAACGCAUGAGAAAAAUGCAGUUAUGCUGCAUAGCUCUGAAAAUUCAUUAACUGUUGAUGACAAGAAAAGAAUUCUUCUAAAACAUGGUUUAGAUGAUAAAUUACUGCCCGAUGCAUUGCUGAGAGACUCCUCAGGUAUGUUUCCCCUCUUGUGUAAACUAUACUCAAAAGAGGAGAAAUUUCGAAACAAUGCUGAAAGGUUCUUUACGUGUCCAGUUGAAUGCAUUUUAGAGGAAUUAGACAAAAUGCAACACCAAAACAAGUUAUAUUAUGCUACCUUGGUCUUAUGCAUGUUCAAUGACAAAAAGUUGUCCAAGGAAAUAUUGAAAAACACGGAAAACACAGCGUUUCAUGAUAUGAAAUCAGAUGUUCUUGAAAACUGUGAAGUUGAGAGUUACACAGAUGCAUUUAAAUUUGAUAAAGCAUUAAAAGCCAUGGCGCGGACAUAUACGCAUCUACGUGGUAAUGAAUAUAGCUUUGUCCAUGACUUUAUUUUUGAGGUCAUUGCAUAUCAUUUUGGCUGUCAUUUUCCAGAUCUCAUAUUGAAAUACAUUAGCAGUAGCUAUAUUGCUAACAAAGUGAAAAUUCAGAAAUGUACAAAAAAUGCUGCUGACGGUGGAAAUGAUCAAGCAUUUGAAAGUACUGCAGUCAGUGGUGAAUGUAAAGAAGAGAAAGAAAAGGUUUCAGUUAGUGGUGAAGGCAGUGACAACAUGGCUUUGUUUAAUCUCUGUUUAAGAUUAAAGGAACACCAAUAUCCCAUGUUAGCAGAGCGUUUGUUGAAAGACGUAGAACGUAUGGAACUUUAUGACGUUUUCAGGAAUAAGGUUUUAAAAGAGCCAAAGGUGUGUCGUUUUUUUAUUGAGAUCUUAAAGAAAAGGUCUUAUGUAGGGUGGAAGGCUUUAUUUUUAUCAGAAAUGCAUGACGUCUGUAAUGUGGUGAGUAAGGGAAAACGUUUGACAAAGGAAAGUCUGGUGAGAGAUGAGAGGAACAAGGAUUGGUACAAACAGCGUGUUCUUUUAAAUGAGAACUGCAUUUCAGAGAAUGCUUACAGUGUGAGGCUUAUUAGCUGGGUGAUUUAUUACGGCCAUACUAGGAUUCUACAAUACAUUGUAAAGCAGACAGAAUUACACAAAGAAACACAAUCUGAACUUUUUUUGAAUCCCUGCAAUCCUGGGUUGAACGAUGAAAUAAAACAAGAAAAAAAGAACAUUGAAACAAAUAAUGCAGAAGACAAUUUAUGUUUCUUGAAAUCCAAAACUGAUUUAAAAAAUCAGAAACAUACCACGGCUCGGUCAAUAUCUGAACAAUACCGCUUACUUGUACUGAGUUGUUACAGUGGUGAAUUGGAGACUGUAAGCAUAAUAAUAAAACAUGUAAAUGACAUUACACUUAACAAAUCACUGCGAUAUUUAGACUACGUUUUUAGAUGGGAUGACACACCACUGACUGCAGCAUGUGAGGGAGGAUAUGUAGCUGUGGUCAAAAAACUGCUAUUGAUGGGGGCUAAUGUCAAUCUACAAGGUAAAUAUACCACACCAUUGACGACAGCAUGCGAGAGUGGUCAUAUUAGUGUUGUGAAGGAGCUGCUAGUAGCUGGGGCUGAAGUCAAUCUUCGAGCUACAUAUAAUAAACCACUGACAGCAGCAAGUGAGAAUGGGCUUAUAGAUGUAAGCAAGGAACAGCUAAUAUCUGGGGCUGAAGUUACUCAACUUGGUAAAUUUAAUACUCCGCUGGCAACAGCAUGUAAAGGUGGAUAUACAGACAUAGUGAGAGAACUUUUGAAGGCAGGUGCCGAUGUUAAUCUACCAGGGGAAUUUAAUUUAGAAAAAAUAGCAGUAUCUAAAAGGGGCCAUUUUCAAAUGUCAAAGGAGGUGGCUGAAGCAUGGAAGUAUUUUGCAAAACUGCGUAGAUGUAAUACACCCUUGAUAGCAGCAUGUAACACUGGCCAUAUAGAUAUAGUGAACGUUCUCAUCAAGGCUGGCGCUGAUGUCAAUCCACAAUCAGGAUAUAAUACACCGCUGAUAGCAGCGUGUGAAGGCGGAUAUUUAAGUCUAGUAAGUAAACUACUAGAUUCAAAGGCUGAUGCUAAUCUAAAAAGUGGAGGUACUUUACCCCUUGUAGCUGCAUGUAAAGGUGGACAUGUCAGUAUAGUAAAGACGCUGCUAAAGGGCGGUGCUGAGGUGAAUCCCCUAGACAUUAGUAAUUCACCGUUAGAGACCGCAUGUGGUGGUGGAUAUAUGGAUGUAGUGAAGGAGCUUAUGGGUGCAGGAGCUGAUGUAAAUCUACGAUGUGGUAAUACUACACCAUUGGCAUCAGCAUGUCGGGGUGGACAUAUUGAGGUAGUGACGGAACUUAUAAAAUCAGAUGCUUAUGUCAAUCUAGGAGGUAAUUAUGAUGGUGAUACACCUCUGAUAGAGGCAUGUGGAAGUGGAAGUAUGCGUUUAGUUGAAAAGCUGAUACAUGCUGGGGCUGAUAUCAAUUUACAUACUGAAUAUGAUUCGCCAUUAAAAGCUGCAUCGACUUGUGGACAUUUAAAUGUAGUCCAAGAACUUAUAAAAAUGGGGGCUGAAGUCAAUCCUCAGGGUAUCCGUGGCUCACCAUUGUCAGGGGCAUGUAGGGGAGGAUACAUGGACAUAAUGAAUACACUUUUAGAGGAGGGGGCUGAUGUCAAUUUUCAAGGUAUGCAUGGUUAUGCACCACUGAUAGAAGCAAGUUCCCAUGGGCAUUUGAUCUUGGUUAAGAAGCUGCUUGAAGUGGGGGCUGAUGUUAACAUACACGCAGAUGGAUCAACACCACUAACAAAAGCAUGUGAAGGUGGACAUUUGAGUGUUGUAAAAGAGCUUUUAGAGGCGGGUGCUCAAGUUAAUCUGCGAGAUGAAUGUGAUUCACCACUGCUACAAGCAUGCCGAAAUGGAAAUACAAGUGUGGUAGAGAUGCUGCUUAAGGCAGGGGCUGAUGUCAAUAUUCAACAUGAUAAUGGUACACCAUUACUUAUUGCCAGUGAAAAUGGACACAUAAGUUUAGUCAAGGAGCUUCUGAAGGCAGGGGCAUAUGUCAAUUUUCAAGCUAAAAAUAAUACACCACUGACAGCAGCAUGCGAAGGAGGACAUUUUAGAGUAAUGGAGGAGCUGUUAGGCGCAGGUGCUGAUGUUAAUUUGCAAGAUUUAAAAGGAAGAACUCCUUUAUAUAUAGCAGUUUUAAAAUAUACUGUGACACUUAUGCCAAUUGUACAAAUGCUCAGUAAGUACGGUGCAGACUCAACUAUAUGCAAUAAAGAGGGCCUAUCAGCGUUGUAUAUUGCAUUAUUGAAAAACAGAUUCCAUGUUGUGCAGCACUUAUUUGAGACUGACAAUGAGUUUCUUUUGAAUAAAUUGAAGUUCCAUUUAUUUGACUGUUUGGUAAACAUACGACAAAGUGAUGUGAUGACUGAUAGUAAGGAUGAUGUGGUGGCGACACGGGGUAGAGUAUGGCGUAUGCGUAAAGAUGGCGAUUUGCAUAAUAUUAUCCAAGACAGUACUAGUAAUGUUUUCAGACAACUGUUUUGCUUGGGCAUGAAUGUGAAUCAAUGGAUAGAGCUGUAUCACCAUAAUUAUAAAACCCCUGAUGCGAUACCACUGCUAUUUACUAUGAUAGAUGGGGACUUUCUAAGGAUUGGGGACGGGGCAGAAAAAUUAAGGAUACUUAUAAGAUCUGGAGUGGACCUCAAUGUCAGAGUGAGAUUCAGAGUGAUCUAUUCUGUAAUAGACAAACAGGGCAUGUCAUUUUUAGAGAAGACACGACGAGAAGUGAUUAAGGUCCAAAAAAGUGAGGGAGCUGAAUUGUUUAAGUACAAAAGAGUUCUUAAUGAGACAAGGAAACAUAUGAGGCGAUACUCUCAGUGAUUAAAUUAGAACCCUUUAGUAUAUGAUGUUAAUUAAAUUGCUCUUAGAAGGUUUAUUUCUUUCAUCAACUGCCAUCACUUACCGCUUUUUUGUGUGUUUCACAAAAUCAGAGGAAUAUAUUUUUCGUUAGUUCUAAUAAGAACAUUCAUUUAUUGUUUGAAUUUGUCAACUUAUUUUAUUUGAUUUCGUUUGCUUUAUUAAAGUAUUAUUGCUAUACAAUGUUAUAUUUUUGUUGUGAUCUGCUCGGCAUGUCUUGUCCAGAGCAGUUUGAAUCCUGAAAUAGCUUUUUCAGGUGAAUGCAGUGUAAAAAGAUAACGAACAAUAAAUAAUCCCGGAAUUUAAGUAGCAACAAAAAUGAGCAUUCAA